CAAGGCGCCAUAUUGGAAAAUUGCUCUGUUCAAGCUCGUUAUUUUGUAACAAGAUUUAUCCUUUUUGAACCAUGCCAACUGCUGUUUUAAAAGACGAAAACGUAGACAAAGAAGAGGAUAAUUAUCCAAGGAUUACGAAGAAAGUGCUAAUUCAACUUUGCAAAGAUCACAAAUUGUACAGAACGCCAUAUCUUAAUGAUGUUCUCUACCUUCAUUAUAAAGGGUUUGCAAAGAUAGAAAACCUUGAGGAGUACACAGGCUUAAAAUGCUUAUGGUUGGAAUGCAAUGGAAUCCAUAAGAUUGAAAAUCUGGACAAUCAGAAAGAGUUGCGAUGCUUGUACCUACAACAGAAUCUCAUAACAAAGAUAGAGAAUGUGGAACAUCUGCAACAGCUGGAUACACUUAACGUCAGCAACAACACCAUUUCUAAGAUUGAAAACAUUGGAGCCAUACCCAAACUUAGCACUUUACAGAUAUCACACAACCGUUUGUCAACUGUUGAUGACUUGAGACAUUUGUCAGAAUGUUGUAAUCUGAGUGUUCUUGAUGUUUCCCACAACCGGAUUGACGACCCUGAUGUCGUGAAGGUCUUUGAAUCCAUGGAAAACCUUCAUGUUCUUAAUAUGAUGGGUAACCCGGUCAUCAAGAAAAUCAAGAAUUACAGGAAAAUUUUUAUCAUCAAAAUUAAAGGUCUCAGAUACCUCGAUGACAGACCAGUUUUUCCAAGAGAAAGAGCUUGUGCUGAGGCAUGGGAGAAGGGUGGAGUGGAGGGUGAACGAGAAGAAAGAGAAAGAUGGAUCACACGAGAACAACAAAAAAUCAUGGACAGUUUUAAUGCAAUGGCGAAGAUAAGGGAACAAAACGAGCUAAAGAAGCAGCAGCAGCAAAUUACAUCGAACGAUGAAAACAAAGAAAACAGCAAUGGGCCAAGCGAUGAAAGUAACAGCGAGAGCAGCCAGUACACUGAGCAACAGCAAACGCGUACUGAAGAAAAACAGGAGUCUGAAAUUGUGUCACGUGUGUUAACUACAAAUUGUGUUAACACGAAAACCACUGACCCCAAGGAAGAAGGCGACAAUGAUUGUUCAGCUUCAGAACCUGAGACGCCUUCUUUUCAGGAAAUAGAGACUGUUACAAUCGGAUCUUCCACUGAGAACCAUGUGCUAGCUGAUCAAGGAAUCUUUAGUGGAUCUCGACAGCAUCAAGUUAAGAGGGCUGGUCCUAUGAUUACAGAAAUAGUUGUGGAUGAAGGUAAUGAGGAAGAGAAACGUAAAGGAGAAGGAGUGUUGAUCACAGAAUUAGAAGAAGAUGACAUUGAAACGAUAUCACUGCGAGAGGUUCCUAGGGAAGAGUCACAUGAUUUCCCUGAUCCCCCUGAAGAGGAUUUGCCCGAGUUGGAGGAAAUUGAUGUGACGGAUCCGUUCUUCAUUCGUAGCUUAAACUCCUCUCAUACCAAGAGAAAACCACUUAUUGAGGAGAUGGACAGUAAUUUGGGAUCGCAAGAGAGACCGCUUAUUGAAGAAUACCGACGAGAAGAACUCCCUUUCAGUGACCAAGAAAAAGCCCUACCUGCAAGGAAACCUUUGAUCGAGGAAAUAGACGAAAGGUUUGCACGGUUGGAAACGUCUUCAAAGAAACCAAGUAAAGCACUUAUCGAAGAGCUCGAUGUGGUAGAUGACAGGGAAGAAUCAAAGCCACUUAUUACAGAGAUAUCAUAUGACGAACAGACACCAGAUGCAGAUACUGCUGGAAGGCAAGAAUCUGGGCUCAUCGCCAAAGCUUGUACCCAGUCUACGACUGGUCCAUCUUGGGAAACACUGCAAAGACUCGCUGAACAAGUUGGAUCGACGAUAGAACGGGAGCCACUUGAUAUGAAUAAGGAAAAGAAGGCUUUUAUGAAGAGGAUGCAUGACACCAACUUAGGAGACUUGGACUAAAAACACUAAAACAGCUGAAUGUUAACGGGCUACGUUACAAUAUUUGAGCCAUACUUGAUGACGUGCAUAGCUACCUUCAUAUGUGUGUGGAAAGACAGGAAAACACAAAAGAGGCAAUGAUAAACCAAGAAGGAACAAGAAUGGAGAAGAUUUACAAUGGAUUGCAUGUGAUGGACUGAAAUUGCUCAAACUACUUUGUGAAAAUGCUCUUUUAAGAAUAGUUCAUUAGCAGAAGGCUGAUGAAGAUGCUCGUAUUAUUGUUUACGACCAUCACAUAAGGCUUUGUAUGAUUAUGUGACAACACAGUAACAACAAAAGUACUUACUUUGGUCCCAAAGUGUUCCGUGCAUUUGAGAUUUGUCUUAAAACACGGCGACAGGUGGUUGCCACAUAGAGCUUUAAAUGUUGUCAAUUGCAUGCUAAUUUCACAUCAGGUAAGAUGCGCGAUCAAAAGCAGCUGCAUUUUAUGGUCAUAAUUUCACAUAAAAAUCGUUUAAACGACCCUUGCAAUGCUUGUCUUUGUCAUCCUUUCAGUGGUUCAGGGACUUUUUUCUUCGAUGGUAUGAAAAGUUCGGAAAAGGCCCAAAGGCCAUGUUACAACCCCUUGGUUCGGUAAGAAAUUAUAUUAUGCUUGCGUGAUAACGUCUUUUGGAGCAAUUUGUAAUAUGAAAAGGAAGGUCUACUUCAAAAUUAGGGGGCAAUAGCAGUCUUGCGGAGUGAUCUACCAAUCAAAACGGAUGACCGUAAGAAGAAUUUUUAUUGUCUAAAGAUUUCCAAUCACAGAGGCGGUUAAGAAAUAUUAAAUUUUAAUUGACCAAAGACAAUUUUCCUUCUAGUCUGAUCGAUGGAAGAUGGGCUUUUUCUAACUAGCAGGUAAAUGAAUAAUUUCUAACUUUUUUCGUCUGUUUCAGUAUAUAUCUUCUCGAUCAUCGAUUGCAAAGUCAGUAAUUAGCCACAAAAAGUACGCGUCAAAACUGCUGAUAUGAAACUGCGGUGGAAAUAAACGGCCGUAGGAAAUAGAGUUUCCAAGCGGUUCGCUUCGUGGAAGAAAGUAAACUUGUGUCUUUCAGAUCCUCACAGAAGGUACGAAUGUUUGCACCAUAAUCAUCCACUCGAAGGUAGCAAAAUUAUCGCUCCAAUACAAACUCACUUGAAUAUCAGUUCCUCUUUUGAAAGCAAUCGAUAUCGUGACAUCAGCCAUUAAAGUCUGAGGUGGAAAGAAAUCCCAUAAGCUCUUUAUUGAUUCAUGUUCUAUCUCUAGUGAUCGAAAUAAAGAAUUCCAUUUCCGAUGAAAUAUAUUUUCACCAACCGGACGAGUGAAUUUUCAGUCACGUAGAAGUGAGAAUGACGAAGAGUCGUUGUUUUGAAGUAUUCCACAAAUACAUGCCUCCUCUUUAGAGAAAUUGGCUUUUCUUCGAAGGAGCAAAUUUUCGUUGUUUAUUUCUCAUUUUCCAUGUUGUCACUUCUCACUAAAUUAACAACAUUUCCAACAUUGUUUGUUGGCUUAUAUAAAAAGUCACAUACAUCUUUGAAAUGCAUUUUCAAUGGAAAGGUAACACCCUAAUGUGCUUUUUGUGCCUUUAUCAUCGUAAAGACCAUUCUGAAUAUUUUUUCAUGCGAAAUAAUAGCAUUAAUUACGAAAAUUGAUGGGCACAUUUCCAGUUGAAAGCAAUAGAGCAAAGUUGAAGUUUGGCAACGCUGAUGAAUUCAAAAUAACAAAAUAGAAUUCAGUUGUUUCUUCGUUUAAGUUGUACAGAGGAGACCUUUCUAUUUAUCCAUCAGUCACUAUAUGGCGUGAGGUCUUCGAAACCAGACAUUUUCCAAUUACACGAUGCCUUUUCAAUAUUUAGUAACUGCAUUUUUACUGCGAAAUAAAUUGCGACAAUAAAUGCAUUAAUGUUGUAUGAGAAACUUCAGAGUAUAUCGUUCUGUCUCAAACGAAGCUUCAAUUAUGAAUAAAGUUUCUCUGAAGUUGG